AAUACUCCCAAUAUUGUCCCAGUCAGGGGUUCCUUUCGAAUUUCCAUGAUAUUGAAAUAAGCCAUACAAUGUCUUUUUCAACAAAUACACCCUGUCCUUAUCUCGCGUGACCCGGCAUGGCAGCACGACUGAUCCGGGGACAAUGGCCCUGAAGCGUCAAGAGUAUGUCCUGCUGGGCAUCGGUGGUUUCAUAGCAUGGGGACUGGUAACCCAGUGGCUUCCUGUGCUCCGAUACCUUGGCUAUGCACUGGUGUCAGGCGCAUUGAUUUCUGCGACUAUUUUACUUCUUCUCGUCCUUCUUACAACGCGACCUACAACUGAUGCAGCCUCCCCCACCUUCAACAAGCGCCCCGUCGCGUUCCUCACCCGCCGCCAUUGGGACAAGGAAGCGCGGGGUGUUCAAAAGCGCUCUAUCUACAAACCCGACUCUCUAUACCCUCAAUCUUUUGUUGUCUCUGAGGGCAUUGAUGAAGUUCUCAGUCUAGUUACGCGCGAUUUUGUCGCAUCCUGGUAUCAACACAUCAGUCCAAACCCCGCAUUCGUGAACGAGGUCGACCGGGUGAUCCGAACCGCGAUUGAAAACCUGCGCGAGCGACUACUUGCGGAGGACCUAGUCUCACUUCUAGUCUCCCGAAUCUUCCCAAUACUUACAACCCACCUGAAAGAGUUCGACGUCGCGGAGCGAUUGGUGCGGGGACGAAAUCUUACACGGAAUGUCACCGAGUCGGAAGAGCUCGACCUGGCCAUCGCCAGCAAAUAUCGGGAGGGAAAUUUACAUCCGGCCGCCAGACUUUCCUUGUCAGAUCAGAAGCUCGUCGAGCAAGAGUACCUCCGCAAACUGACCGUCGGUUUGUUGCCAAAGCUUUUUCCCGCAUCGGUACUCAAUAGUCGCAUCGUCUCCGUCAUCGUCCGAGAAAUCCUCGCAUGCGCCGUACUGUACCCUAUAAUUGCGUCACUUUCAGACCCUGACACUUGGAAUCAACUGGUGGAGGCCUAUGGGCGUACUGCUAUACAGGACCGGAAGACGGUGCGAAAGCUGCGGGCAGCGUUGGACGAGCAUGCCUCACCAGCCCCAAGAUCCAAGCGUGGGAGCCAAUUUCCGCGUUUAAGUCCACAUGACUCGGAAAGGGCCUUCGAGAGAUUCGUACGAGCGAUCCGGCGCUGCGACAAUAUCUCCGACGCCAGACGCUUCAGGGCGCUCAUUGUAAGCCAGCUAAAGCGAGAAUCCAUGGUCGAAGGACAGGAUGCGACUUACCUGCAAAGGCUAGAAACGGCUAAGAGGGUUUUGGAUCAAAAAGUGGCCAAACUCUCGACGCCCGCAGGCAGCCAUGUAUCACACGCCUCUGCAGCCGCAUCACACUUCCGCCGCAAGAACUCCGCAUCACGGGAAGCAUCGUUAGUCGAUGUGAUGCACGACGCUUCAGGCCUCUCUUACUUCAUGGAGUUCAUGGACCGUCAAAAGCUCAUGUCUUUAGUGCAGUUCUGGAUCGUGGUUGAUGGGUUCCGCAAUCCACUGGAGGAUGACUUUGGAGAUGAGGACUCUCCCAGUUCGACGACCUGGACGCCUACGGACCAAAAUGACAUGGCCUUGAUCAGUCAGCGUUACCUGAACAAGCCCGAACUGAAAGUGCCGGAUGAAUCACGUCGAGCAGUCAAAGCUUUUCUUAGCGCAGGCAAGCGAGCUACUGCGGAUCAAUACCGCAGAGCGCGCACCGUCAUUCUAACCACCCAAUCGGCGGUGCUGGACGAGCUCCAAAAUAUUUACUACCCCAAGUUCAAGAAGUCCGAUUUAUAUUACAAAUACCUUGCAUCGGAUGAAGUUUCACAGUCCGUGACACAUGCACCUCCCAAUCCUCCCAGCCCCGCCGAGCUGCUCGAGAGACGGCCGCUCCCUCUAAUGACCCGCACUUCAUCGCAGCCUAAUGCCAGACCAAAAGACCUAAGACGAGCAGCUGUGUCGUCAAGUGAUGUCCGUAGCAUGGGCAAAAGGCUCGAUGACGAUGAUUCUUCCAGAAGAUCGUUCGAUUCCGAAAGGUCAGCUCCCUUGUUCGAUGAUGACUAUGACACCGAUCCCCUGGCGAUGUCGACCCAGAGUCUUGGUCAAGACUCGCAGAAUGGUGACAACGAGGCAAGCCAGAAUCAGGUGAUCGAGACAAUAGAGGCUGCUCUGAACGAUAUCAUCACCAAUCAGCCCAAAAAUAGUCGGCUGGAAGAUUUAAAGAGUGGAGAUGCAUCUCCCACUCGCCUUGUACCUGGUGAUCCAUUCCCGCGGUCUCCGCGUAGCUCGAUCGAGUCUGCUCGGGCGGAGAACCGCGUUGAUGACCGGGCGAAACCAAGUAUCGCGUCGCUCGGACUCAUUGAUCGGUCUUCCCGCCAUGGCGUCUUUGAUGACGAUCUCUUUGCCGACCAGCAGAAAUUCAUCGAAGAUGAAUAUGAAGAGCCUCUGGGAUCAGAAAAGGACCCGGCCGACGAGGUUCAUGAAGCCGCCCCCGGAGACCUAGGGCUGACGGAAGCCAUUGAGGCGCUUACGACUGACAUUGAAAAGUUGGGGUCGCAAGAAUCGGUGGUCGACACUCUGACUCGGAAAGCCGAGCUCACCAACAACACCGCGGAAAUGCGAAUCCUGCGCAAGUCCAAGGCGAGCAUUCAGCGUGAGAUUCACCGCAAAGAGAUGCAACGGCAACAGUACAUCAUUCAAGAGAGUGAUAAUAGCUUGUAUGGUCGAUCUACAGUCCGGAUCAAAUCCAUCGUAGUGGGUAAAGAGGAGGAUGGUCGGGAAUUCGCGAUGUACGUGAUCGAGGUGCAGAGAAAUGCCGGCGAGCAAAUGCCAGCGGCAUCCUGGGCAGUUGCGCGUCGCUAUAGCGAGUUUCAUGAACUCCACACCAAGCUACGCAUGAGAUACCCGUCCGUGCGGCACCUGGAAUUCCCUCGUCGCCGGGUGGUCCUGAAACUCCAAAAGGAGUUCCUCCAGAAACGGCGUCUAGCUCUCGAAACAUAUCUACAGAAACUGCUCCUCCUCCCCGAAGUCUGUCGCAGCCGGGAUCUGCGAGCCUUCCUGUCGCAACGAGCGAUCAUCCAACGCGACGAGACGCAGAGCUCUCGCGACGGAGAAACCAAAGACUUAGUAACCCGGAUCUACAACUCAGUCGCCGACGGAAUGGACGACUUCCUCGGCAAUUUCGGCGUCCUGGAUCAACUCUCUACGGCCGGCCAAAACCUCAUAUCUGCCGCCACCAACAAUAACACCAAUUCCGCAACCACCACCACCACAAACACCGUUCCCCUCUCCCCGGAAGACGCCGUCACCGCCGCCGAAGCGGAAGCCGAACUCAACGCGUUCGAAGACCGCGACCUUGAACCCUUCAUCAAACCGAUCUGCGACCUCUUCCUCGAAGGCUUCGAACUGAACAAGGGCAACAACUGGCUGCGCGGGCGCGCCGUCGUCGUCGUCCUCCACCAGCUCCUGGGCGGCACCAUCGAGCGCAAGGUCCGCGAGGGCGCCCGAUCCCUGGUGCAGGACGACUCGCUCCUCCGCUACGUAUCCCUAGCCAGGGACACCAUGUGGCCGGGCGGCACCCUGCGCCAAAGCAAAGUGCGCACCGCGCCCGAGCGUCUCCGCAGCCGCACCGAGGCGAGCCUCGUGCUGGCGACCCUGAUCCCCGACCUGGCCGGCAACGUGGUCGGGCGGGCCAACGCGCAGGGCGCGGCCCGGCGCAUCUUCGCCACGCUGAACAACCCACGGUUGAACACGCACCUGGUGUUCACGAUCCUGGACGAGAUUAUGCUGGUUUUGUUCGGCGGGGCCAACACCACUGCAGGUACUGUCGACGGAGUCGGCCGUAAUCGGUAAAACAACAUCUCUCUACUACAUUAAUGCGUCUGAUGAUGACCGUGACGUAUUGCGUUGUUUGUUAUGAUUGAGCAAAUUCUGCGUGUUCCCACUUCCCCCUUAAUCUGUUGUUCUUCUUUGCCCGUCAGUUCUUGCAUCACUUUAGCGGGCGUUUGUAUGUUUUACUAUCGCAUUCGAGCCAUCAGGGCGGUCUUCUGUUUUAUCCUCUGCCUCACCUGUGUCUAUACUCAUCGGCUGCCCAUUGUGCAAAUAAGCGUGAUUGCUCCCUGUGACUUGAGGAAUAAUACACAAAUUCCGUGGACGCUGCUUGCUAGAUGCAUCUCUCUAUCCCAUACUGUAUCUAGUAACAACAACACAGAUGCAUUACCUAGUUCUUAAGUAAGUUGUAGUCGAUGAAGUGGAUCCUAGUGCUGACGCCAUGGAACUAGUUCCCUCAGCUUAGUCCCGCUAGUCCUCUUGGCGAUCGGGGUCC